AGGCAUCGAUGCUGCUUGCCUCCAAAGCGUCACGUGAGCUUUCUCCAGGCUGUGACGUUGAAUUCUGCUCUGUCAGAAGACGGCAUCUGUCAAAGCCCACAUAUAAAGCACUGCCUGAGCGAGGCAGCAGCAGCAUAGGAAGCUGCCUCCAUUCUCCUCACCACAUCCUCCCCCUGCAAGCCCCGGCUUCUGCACAAGCUGCCUAGCAACAAGACCGGAGGUAAAUCCUCGCCACUAUUUCAUUCAACUGGACCUUUUCUUCAAUGCUGCUGAGAUCAGUCGGCAUUGGCAUGGAUACAGAUGGCUGAACGCUGCAUUAGGGACAAAAGGAAUGAUAUGUGAAGGCUUUCAAUGCAGGGGGAGCUGCCAGACCAUCUCCAGGGGAUAUGACCGCUCUCCUGAUGGAGGGACAUACACAACGCCUAUGACUGGAACCGGAGAGGGGGCAAGCAGCGUACAGGCGGUCAGUAGGCAGAAACACAUACAGAAGGGAGAUUUUUGAUGCAAGUGCGCAUGUUCGAUUUCUACCCCCCUCAAACGAUUACGUGCCCAAACUAUUCUCAAUAGGUGUAUUCCAACAGCGUGAACCGGGUCAUAAAAACAAAAGGUUCUCGUCUAGGAAAUGGUUAAACCAAUGGUGAAGACCGCAGGCCGCCACAUUCUAAAUACUGCCAGACUGGUGGGGGUGGAUUAACAAACCGGGAACUGGAGCAGAUGCAGUACAACUGCAUCAGGAUUUGAAAAGCAUGCUUCAGUGGAGGAGACGUCACUGCUGCCUUGCCAAGAUGACCUGGAAUAGCAAGCGCUCUCUUUUUCGGACCCAUCUCACUGGGCUCUUGUCCCUGGUGUUCUUGUUUGCCAUGUUCCUGUUUUUUAAUCACCACAAUUCAUUCACCGGCAGAGCGGGAAUGAAAGAAAAUCCAGUGACUCAUGCAAUACGAGGAUUCAAAGCAACAAAAAGCGAGACCAACAGCUCCCUAAGGAAUAUCUGGAAGGAUACGAUGCCUCAAACACUAAGACCCCACACAGUGUCCAACUUAAGUAACACGGAGUCACAACUGCAAGGAGUGACCGGCUUGGAGAACACCUUGAGCACCAAUGGAAGCAUUUACAGUGAAAAGGGCUUUGGUCACCAAAACUUGUACCAUUACAAAUAUAUCAUCAAUGAGCCGGAAAAAUGCCAAGGAAAAACGCCCUUCCUCAUACUGCUCAUAGCAGCAGAGCCCCGACAAAUCGAGGCACGACAGGCUAUAAGACAGACCUGGGGGAACGAGAGCCUGGCAGCCGGCAUCCAUAUUGUAAGACUCUUUCUUUUGGGUUUGCACACGAAGAUAAAUGGGUUAAUUGAACAGGCUAUUGUGGAUGAAAGCAGGCAGUACCAUGAUAUCAUCCAACAAGAGUAUUUAGACACUUACUAUAACCUAACCAUUAAGACGCUGAUGGGCAUGAACUGGGUGGCAACAUAUUGCCCACAUGUGCCAUAUGUCAUGAAGACAGACAGUGACAUGUUUGUAAACACAGAAUAUCUGAUACAUAAACUACUGAAGCCUGACCAACCACCAAGAGCCAACUACUUUACAGGGUAUUUAAUGAGAGGCUAUGCACCGAACCGUAACAAAGACAGUAAAUGGUACAUGUCACCAGAUCUGUACCCAAGUGAGCGCUACCCUGUGUUUUGUUCUGGGACUGGCUAUGUGUUUUCUGGAGACCUAGCAGAGAAAAUAUUUAAAGUGUCUUUAAGUAUUAGACGGUUACACUUAGAAGACGUGUAUGUUGGCAUCUGUCUAGCCAAGCUGCGUAUUGACCCUAUACCCCCGCCCAAUGAGUUUGUAUUCAAUCACUGGAGAGUGUCCUAUUCUAGCUGUAAAUAUAGUCACCUAAUUACCUCCCAUCAGUUCCAGCCUAGUGAACUGAUCAAAUACUGGAAUCACUUACAACUGAACAAGCACAACGCCUGUGCCAAUGCAGCCAAGGAAAAAGCCAGUAGGUACCGGCAUCGUAAAAUGCACUAAAAAGGACAAAAAAAAAAAAAGGACUAUUUUGUGUGUCCAUUAACAGAUAUAAAAGCAUGUGCAGUGGCAAACUUAUUUGAGCUGUAAAUGGGAUGAGAAAUUAUUUUUUUAUUAUUCCAAAAAGAAUAUAAAACUGUAUGGAAAAAAAAGCAGGUAAAAAAAUGAAACCUCGCAUUACUAAAAAUGUCCUUAACCUGUGCAAUAAGAUGCAUGGACACUUUAGUGGUACAGCUGCUACUUUAUGUGCCAAUAGAAGCCAAUUGGAGAACUGGCCCACAAUGGAAGAGUCAAAGUAAAGCUCUGCACUUCCUUCUAGUACAUUUUGUUUCUGCAGGUGCCUUUUACUGUGCGGGUAAUAAGAGUACGCUCAUACCUGGACAAAUGCGCAGUCUAAAAUGAGCUAGAGGUUACACAUCCUAACUAGAGAUGAGCGAAUUUACACUUAUGAAAGUUUACUGGUAAAAGGCGAAUUGCGUUAUGUAUUCCGUUACCACGGACCAUAAUGCAAUUCUAUGACUCCUCUACAUAACGGAAACCGGACGGAUCCGUUUUGUAGCCCUUAGACUUCUAUUAUGAAGGAAUGAAUAACCGAGUGCCUCUAAUGGCAUUUCAUCAUAGAAUUGCGUUAUGGUCCGUGGUAACUGAAUCCAUAACGCAAUUCACCUUUUAAGAGCAAACUAAUCACAAAUUUCUAAAUUCUCUCAUCUCUAAUCCUAAUGAACCAAAACGCCAUACGUCACUGCAUGAGUUGUAUGUCCCAUGUUUGGUGUCUGGGUAUCACGGCACAAGUAUUCCAGUAGAGGGCACAUUACCAGUCUCAUUAUUAUACUACACAUGCUGACAACCUUAAACUGCAAACUACUUUUCAAUGAAUAAAGUGUUAAUGGAGACAAGUGGCUGAGCUUUUUCCUUUCAUGUUCUAAUGUUCUCCUGUACCCCAAGAACCUCCACAUGGUCACAUAAGCUAGCAACAGCAGUGAAGUCACAGAGCACUUCCCUUGGUGCUCCUGUCACUUUAGCCAUUCUGCUCUCA